GUGAAAUGAAAAAGUGUGGUAUGAUGGGACACGCGGCUCUUUGAUGGCUGUCUUCCGCCGCGUGUAUUGCAAGAGUGUGCGCCGUGGCGGUGGCUGCUUCUGCAUAACUAGAAGGGUUCAUUAGUAGGAGAAGAGAGAAGAGAGAAGACAAAACAAAUAUACAGUACUACGGAAUAAAUGGCGCAUGCCACGUUUACGCCGGAAGGGCAGAAGACGGAGUCGUUUCGGCUCUUGAGCGGCCACAAAAUCCCAGCCGUUGGAUUGGGCACCUGGCGGUCUGGCUCUCAAGCCACCCACGCCGUUUUCACUGCGCUCGUCGAGGGUGGUUAUAGGCACAUAGAUACAGCUUGGGAGUAUGGAGAUCAGAAAGAGGUGGGUGAAGGGAUGAAGAGGGCGAUGCACGCUGGUAUUGAGAGGAGGGACCUCUUCGUGACCUCCAAGCUUUGGUGCACGGAGUUAUCUCCCCAGAGAGUGCGCCCUGCUCUGCAGAAUACCCUUCAAGAGCUUCAGUUAGAUUACCUUGAUCUCUACCUGAUCCACUGGCCUUUCCGGCUAAGGGAAGGAGCCAGUAAGCCACCAAAGGCUGGGGAUGUCCUUGAGUUUGACAUGGAAGGUGUUUGGAGAGAGAUGGAGAAGCUUGCUAAGGACAAUCUCGUCAGGAACAUCGGCGUUUGUAACUUCACCAUCACUAAGCUCAAUAAGCUGCUAGGCUUGGCUGAGUUGGUCCCUUCCGUUUGUCAGAUGGAAAUGCAUCCUGGUUGGAGAAACGAUCAAAUGCUCCAACUCUGCAACAAGAAUGGUAUCCAUGUUACAGCCUACUCGCCACUGGGAUCGCAAGAAGGCGGGAGAGAUCUGAUACACGAUCAGACGGUGGAUAGGAUAGCCAAGAAGCUGAACAAGACCCCUGGACAGGUGCUAGUGAAGUGGGGUAUACAGAGAGGUACGAGUGUCAUCCCCAAGUCGUUGAAUCCAGACAGGAUCAAAGAGAACAUCAAAGUCUUUGACUGGGUCAUCCCUGAACAAGACUUCCAAGCUCUCAGCAGCAUCGCUGACCAGAGACGAGUGAUGGACGGUGAGGAUAUUUUUGUCAACGAGACCGAAGGUCCAUUCCGUAGCGUGGCUGAUCUAUGGGGCCAUGAAGACUAAUCGAGUGAUAUCAAAAAUAAAGGCAUAUGUACUAUAUUGUAAAAAUAAAAAAACAAUGUAUAGUUUCUAAAAUAAAGAAAGGAGCUAAAACUAGGAAAACAUUAUGCCAUAAAACGCUCGUCGACGACGGAGGAGAGCUGCUGUUGGACGGCCAAAACUGAUGCAGAGAGCUGGAGAUCUCUGGAGACGAGCAGAUCUCCCAUCUCUCCAAGCUCCUCCUUCUCACUCCAUACCGACAAUCCUUGAAGCAUUUCGAAGCUGGCUUCGUGUCUGAUUCCAACCAUUAUUAGAUCGCAACUGUUCCCUUCUUUCCUCAGUAGGCUCACCAAAUCACUCGCUUCCUUUAUUUUUACCUAACAACAAUGCCAAAGAAAAAUCUUGAACGGACGAAUCUAGGAAAAAUCUACUUUCCGAAUUAUUUAUUAAAAAAUGGUUAUACCUCUCGUAAGGAGACGUUGUGUUUGUUGAAGGUGUCUUGACGGAACUUUUCGAUGGCUUUGAAAUCGAGCCUUCUCUCUAUGACGUGGUUCAGCUGCGACACGUUUUCGCUGUCAACGAGUUUCAGAACGUUUAGAUCUACGCGCGGGUGGUUGGUCAGCCUAACCGCAAACGCCAAUGUCUCCCGGUCGUCCGCUCCACCGAGGAAUAUCGCGCAGAGGUUGAUUCUCACGGACCCCUUCUCCAUCGUCGUUCCCACGUUUUUGAAAUCUGGGAGCCGUCCUUGGACCGAGAGAAUCGCCACAGAGCACGGCGAACCGGCCAAAACGUUGCGGCAGAGGCGCCGCUCUGCUGCACUCGCAUGGUCGACGGCGAUGAUAAUGAGAUCGGUUUCUUUGUCGAAGGCCAACGCGCAGACGUCCUCGUGCAUCGUCUUGCUCGGCGCAACCGCGGUGAAACACUCGACGGAAACGUCUUCCUGCAAAAGGUGUCCGUUUUCGAAAUUCUUGAAGGCGUUGGAGAUCUGAUCUCGGCGGCUGGAGGACACUGACGGGUCGUCCCUGUGAACGGAAUGGUGUUGUAUAAGGAGAGGGACGUCAUGGUGAUCGAGCUCCUCGAGAUUGACGGAAACGACGGAGAGGGAAGAGGCGGUGGAGGGAGAAGAAGAGAGCUCCAAGAUGGUGAGGAUGGAAGGGACGGUUUCGAGGUGGUAGUAACAAGUGAGGAUCUUGAGAGUGGUGUUUGGUUCGUAGUGCUGAACGGUUUGUCGCCGUUCAACAACUGUUUGAAGAUUUGGACAUCGUAGAUCCCUUGUAUGCAGACGAUGAACCCGACGAUGGUGGCGUGUGAUAGAGGAACGUUGAAGUAAAGCGAUGGUAUGACGAUGGAUGCAAACUUUGCAGCAUUGAUGAUGAAGAAAAGCAGCUCCAAAGUUAUGACGUCUCGUUUUGCAAACGCAAAGAAAUCGACUUUGUUACCGAUCGACAGAACGUAACACGGCAUCAGAACCGCCCAACAGAAGCAACCAAUCUUGUUGGUGAGACCAGUACCUAGAGGAGGCGUCUUAGGAGUGACAAGCCCGAGAACCACAGAUCCGACAAUGUACGGAAACCCUACGGAUUCGGACAGGAAAGUGGUGGUGCACAGCAUGACGCAAAUGAUGCAUAGAUGCGAACCCUUUAGUUUCUUUCCUUGAGGUGUUCUUCUCACUAUCCACUUGAAUAUUGGUCGGCACACGACUACUAUG